UAAAAAACAAUUCUCUAAUGUCUGUUAUUCGGAAUCCGAAGAAAGCCAGAGGUAUAGAGAUUUACAGUGAAAAUCUACAGAAGGAGAGAUAGCGAAGGGAGAGGGACAAUUAUUUAAAAAAAAAAUCGUAUUUUUGUUUUAAUUACAACCUUAAUCUUCGUGUUGUGUUCUGUAUCUUCCCAGAUUUUUUUUCUCUUUGCUGGGCUUCGUUGCCUUUUCCUCUUUUUCUCUUUCCUCUGCUCUCGAUUCAGUUUAGGGUAAGAAAAAGGAGCUGUUUUUUUUACAGGGUUUAUCACAAAGAUCCUUCUUUUAGGGUUCUUUGAUUUCAUUUCUAGUGCCCAGAUCUCUCUCUCUCUACUCAUCUGCCAUUUGUAAGCUCUUUCUUCUUCUUCUUCUUCUUCCUCUCGCUCUUUAUCUCUCCAAAGUUUACAUUUUUUUGUUGUUUUCUCAAGUUAAUCUUUGAUUCUAGUUGUGAGAUUGUUUUUCCGCUUUUGAUUUUGGGUUUUUGUCUGCAUGCAGGGCUGUGUUCAAUGAUUAGGGUUUACAUUUAGAACCAAAGCUUGGGUUUUUAACUGGUAACUAGUUUAGGCUUGUGGCGAAGUAGAGAAAAAAAAGAGGGGGUUUUGGCUCUUUUAUUGGCGAUAAUUUAGGGUUUCUGUAAUUAUGAUCAAGCAGAUAUUUGGGAAAUUACCCAGAAAACCUUCGAAAUCAUCGCAUAAUGACUCAAAUCCAAACGGAGAAGGUGGGGUUAAUUCAUAUCACAUUCCCAAUUCGGGUACUAGUAUCUCGAAGCCUACAUCGAAAUCGUCAGCAUCGAAUUCGAAUGGAGCAAAUGGGACUGUUAUUGCUCCUUCCUCAACGAGUUCUAACAGAACGAAUCAAGUCAAUGGGGUUUAUGAAGCAUUGCCAAGCUUUAGAGAUGUUCCUAGCUCGGAGAAACCUAAUCUGUUUAUCAAGAAGUUGAGUUUGUGUUGCGUUGUUUUCGACUUUAGUGAUCCGUCCAAGAAUCUGAGAGAGAAAGAGAUAAAGAGACAGACUUUGCUGGAGCUUGUUGAUUAUAUUGCAACGGUUUCUUCAAAGUUGAGUGAUGCUGCGAUGCAAGAGAUUGCGAAAGUAGCUGUGGUUAAUCUUUUCAGGACGUUUCCUUCUGCGAAUCAUGAGAGUAAAAUUCUUGAAACGCUUGAUGUGGAUGAUGAGGAACCUGCUUUAGAGCCGGCUUGGCCUCAUCUUCAAGUUGUUUAUGAGCUUCUUCUCAGAUUUGUGGCCUCGCCUAUGACUGACGCGAAGCUUGCAAAGAGAUAUAUUGACCAUUCGUUCGUCUUGAAGCUCUUGGAUUUGUUUGACUCUGAAGACCAAAGAGAGAGGGAAUAUCUAAAGACCAUUCUGCAUCGGAUAUACGGGAAAUUCAUGGUACACCGACCCUUUAUCAGAAAGGCCAUCAACAAUAUCUUCUACAGAUUCAUUUUUGAAACUGAAAAGCAUAACGGAAUUGCAGAGUUGCUUGAGAUUCUAGGAAGUAUAAUCAACGGUUUCGCUUUGCCGUUAAAAGAGGAACAUAAGCUCUUCCUAAUCCGGGCCUUGAUUCCACUCCACAGACCUAAAUGUGCAUCUGCCUAUCAUCAACAGCUCUCUUAUUGCAUUGUUCAAUUUGUAGAGAAAGACUUUAAGCUUGCCGAUACCGUCAUUAGAGGCCUUCUAAAGUAUUGGCCUGUGACUAACAGUUCAAAGGAAGUUAUGUUUCUUGGGGAGUUGGAAGAAGUUUUGGAAGCAACUCAAGCAGCUGAGUUUCAGCGAUGUAUGGUUCCUUUAUUCCGUCAAAUCGCCCGAUGCCUCAACAGUUCACAUUUUCAGGUGGCUGAAAGGGCUCUGUUUCUGUGGAACAACGAUCACAUAAGAAACCUGAUUACUCAAAACCAUAAAGUGAUAAUGCCAAUCGUAUUCCCGGCUAUGGAGAGAAACACACGGGGCCAUUGGAACCAAGCAGUUCAGAGUCUGACUUUGAAUGUGAGAAAGGUAUUGGCAGAGACAGACCAAAUUCUGUUUGAUGAAUGCUUAGCCAAGUUCCAAGAAGAUGAAGCAAAUGAAAACGAGGUUGUAGCCAAACGAGAAGCAACAUGGAAGCUUUUGGAAGAUUUGGCAGCUUCCAAAUCCGUAAGCAACGAGGCAGUACUCGUCCCCAGAUUCUCAUCUUCGGUUACUCUUACAACCGGUAAAACUUCGGGUAGUUGAUCUUUUUUCUGCUCUUUAUUACCGAGACAAUACUUUCAAACAAUCCAGCAGAGUUGUAUCGAUCCAUUCGAGCAUCAGGAUCAGUCCUUGAAGGGAGAAGAUUAAGCACAAUGAUUAAGAAGGCAAUAUCAUCAGUGAAUACUUGUAACAUUUUUUUCAGGUUUCUGGAUUCAUGGGUUCAAUUGUUUGUUGCUUCUGAUCUGUUUUUUCUCUCUUACUCAGCUCUUAGAGGAGUUGAAAAACAAUCUGUGGUGUAAGAAAUAUGGCUUAUAGAUAUAGUUCUUGAGAGGACGACUAAACAAUUAUUCGUAUUUGUACUGUGGAAUGAAUUGUAUUUUAUGCUUU